AUGACAACGAUGCAGAACGAAUCAACCGCAGAGAUUGCUGCGAAAGACUUGGUUCGCAUGCUCGAACUGAAAUCAUUUGACCGAUCGACCGUGUACAGCCUCUUUGCCGUCCUCCCGGAGUUGCUCGAAGCCUUCAUCCUCAAAUAUGCUCAUCACCGAACUGUAUCCAGUGAUAUUGUCGAACACUGUAAGAAAGAAUACCUGUCAAUCGUGGAGGGAGUCCAUCACGGGUCUCUCUUGUCCGCCGAAAAACAACCAUUGGAUGAUAUCAUGGACCUCUGGCACAGUCACCAGCCAAGUCUCGUUGACGAAGAGGAUAACGGACUGGAGUCUAAGGAAUCUGCUGAGGCAGAUGUCAAGCAUAAGAAGCUGUCAGAAAAUGAUCUAAGAGACUCUGAUGCAGUACUAACAGCAGCUGAGAGAGCCGUGUACCAAAGUGUCGACUUGAAUGGCGACAUAUACCAAUGGCUUCUCCUCCGUGCUCGCCGAGAGAUGCUCUUAGCCAGUGGUGACUCAAAAUCAUCAGUGUCCAUCCGCCGAAUGAUCUCCGCUUCCCGGCCCAAACCUGACAGAAUCUCGAAGGACCAAGCCACACGAACCCAACAUAUGGCUUUUCGGUUGGACUGGGGUCCGACCGCGUUUUUGCUUGAGCAGGGUGCAGAUGCUCAAGCGUUGAGUUGCGGAGAAUAUUUGCAACAGAUGUGGCCGUGGGUGGCAGAUCAGAUAUUGCACCUUGUCAAACGUAUGGUUGCUCGCCCCAACACCCGUCACAACUGCAUAUUGCAAGAUCGUGCACGGAUCAGGGUUCGCCUCCAUAACUCCAUGGUCACUGUGAAUGUUUGGGGUCCAACAUGUACCAUCGUGGAAGUUAGUGAAGCUUUUACGUGGCUUAGCGCCGCCCUUCGCUCGUCUCCGUUCGAGACUGGAAUCGCCAUUUGCCUACCGGUCAUUCGUGAAGUCCGUAUGCAAAAGCGUUUCGACAGAAAUGUUCUUAUGAAAAAAAAAUUCGCACAAGACAUAAAUACAUUCAUGUGCACGCUCGAGAUGCAAUUACAACCGCACACCGCCGCCAGUGAGACAUCCAAUUGCAUGUGUUGGUAUAGUUUAUUUAAGAACCCCGUCGUCGUUGGCGGGUGCCCAAUUCCUCGAGGUGUCGACCGCCGCACGGGUCGGGAACUACCACUUGGCCUUAUGGCGGAACUGGUCGGAACCCGAAAGCUGAAGCAAUUCAAUGGGAAGCUGUUCAUCAAGGGGUUCUCGGCAAUGUUGAUACCUGUGGGCCAGAACGGAAAUAUCCUUCUCUGGCACUUAGCUUUCGACAGAAGUGGAAAUCUAAUAUCCUAUUUACAUCGGACCGAUGAACACCUAGCGAGUCUUGACCAGGCCUACGUGGAAGGCGCGCGACACAUCCUCGGCUGGUGUAAAGAGGCUAGAUAUUAUGCCGGUUAG